AAAUAAAAAUAAAAACACGAGAGUCAUCCAGUCUCUUCAUUACUAGCACAACACAACGCAACAGAACACGCUCUCUUUUUCUCUUUGUUGUUUGUUCUUUGUCAGAGAGAGAGACGGGGGGGGGAUGAGGAACUUGGAUACGGGUACGGAUCUGUUUGACCCGAGAACGGGGAUGGAAUCGGAGUUCACCAGAGGUAGUGUAUCGGCUUCUACAGAUGCUGAUUUCGCGUUCGCUUUCAACGAUAGUAACUUCUCGGACCGGCAGCUCCGGAUCGAGAUUAUGGGCGACCCGCUCGAGAACCGCGCCGAUAACGAAGGUUGUACAAGUAUCUGUAACAGUAUCGCCGAUUGGGCUCGCCAUCGGAAGCGGAGGCGUGAGGAUAUCAAGAAAGAUACUGUUGUGGAUCUCACUUCAUGUGCUGAGGAGCAAAUUUUGAACGGUAACCAGCCCGAUAUGGACGAUUGUGGGGGCUGUGAAAAUCCUGAUGAGGAAGCAGUUGCAAUGAUUGAAGAAUCACCUUCAGGUGAUGAAGCUGCAAAUAGCAAUGAUUCAAACUGGAGCAUGGAUUGUUCUACUGUUGUGAGAGUUAAAACAUUGCAUAUCAGCUCUCCUAUUUUGGCAGCCAAAAGUCCAUUCUUCUAUAAGUUAUUCUCAAAUGGGAUGAGGGAGUCAGAGCAGCGACAUGUAACCCUACGCAUCAAUGCCUCUGAGGAAGCUGCUCUCAUGGAGCUCCUAAAUUUUAUGUACAGUAAUACUGUGUCUGUUACUACUGCUCCUGCUUUGCUGGAUGUUCUGAUGGCUGCUGACAAGUUUGAGGUUGCUUCAUGCAUGAGGUACUGUAGCCGACUGUUGCGCACUAUGCCCAUGACGCCUGAGUCUGCUUUGCUCUAUCUGGAGCUUCCUUCAAGUGUCUUAAUGGCUGAUGCUGUCCAACCAUUGACUGACACAGCAAAGCAGUACCUUGCUAGCCGCUAUAAGGACAUCACUAAGUUCCAAGAAGAGGUGAUGGCCUUGCCUCUUGCUGGAGUAGAGGCGAUAUUGUCCAGUGACGAUCUCCAGGUGCCAUCUGAGGAUGCUGUAUAUGAUUUUGUGUUGAAAUGGGCUAGGGCUCAGUACUCAAAACUGGAGGAGCGGCGGGAUGUCCUAGGCGCACGCCUUGCACGCUUCAUUCGGUUCCCUUACAUGACCUGCCGGAAGCUUAAAAAGGUCUUAACCUGUAAUGACUUUGAUCAUGAGAUUGCAUCCAAACUUGUGCUUGAGGCCCUUUUUUUCAAGGCUGAGGCCCCACACCGGCAACGCGUUUUAGCUGCAGAGGAGUCCGCCACCUUGAAUCGUCGCUUUGUGGAGCGGGCCUACAAAUAUCGCCCUGUUAAGGUGGUAGAAUUUGAACUUCCCCGGCAGCAGUGUGUGGUGUACCUGGACCUAAAGCGCGAGGAGUGUGCAAAUUUGUUCCCCUCUGGACGUGUGUAUUCUCAGGCAUUCCAUUUGGGUGGCCAAGGAUUCUUCCUGUCAGCACAUUGCAAUAUGGACCAGCAGAGCUCAUUCCACUGUUUUGGGCUGUUUUUGGGGAUGCAGGAGAAGGGAUCAGUGACUUUUGCAGUGGACUAUGAAUUUGCAGCAAGAUCAAAGCCAACGGAGGAGUUUGUUAGCAAAUACAAAGGCAACUACACAUUCACUGGGGGCAAGGCAGUUGGCUACCGAAACUUAUUUGCUAUACCAUGGACUUCCUUCAUGGCUGAGGAUAGUCUUUACUUCAUAAACGGCGUCCUCCAUCUCAGAGCUGAGCUUACCAUCAGGCACUGACUCCUCUUCCAUUCCAUUUUUCCGGAACAUUGCUAAUUUGCUGCUCUGGUUGGUGGCUCUAACCUUUGUUUUGUUUCUCCCUUGCCCUUUUUCUCUUAACUUCAAAGGGACAAAACUUGUAAUAUCCAGGCACAAUGCACUAGAUACUUUGGUUAGCACUGAGGUUGAAUGAUGAUUAGUAAUAUUCCUUUUGUUCAGGACCUACUUGUGCUCAGAAGGGGAAAAAAUGUAAAUGGGUUUGAGUAGGUAGCAGCAUCAAUGUUUCUUUCAUUGUAGAACUGUUUGAGAUAAUGUGAUAUUUUCACCUCAA